AUGAAGGACAAAAUAAAAACAGAGUUUGAAAACAGAUUAAAACACCUUCUCAAAACAAAGCUUAGUAGUGGAAAUCUUAUAAAAGCCAUCAACGUUUAUGCUAUCUCUGCCCUUAGUUACUCGUUUGGACUUAUAAAAUGGAGUGAAACUGAUCUAGAUGCAUUGGAACGGCGAGUAAGAACAACAAUGACAUCUCGCAGAUACCACCAUCCAGGAGCAGCAAAAGAAAGAUUAUGUUUAUCUAGAACAGAAGGGGGACAAGGUGUCAUUGAUAUUCAUAACCUUCACCAUAAGCAAGUUGAAAAUCUCCGACGAUACUUCUAUGAAAGAGCUGACAUAGAUAAUAGAUAUGAAAUCCUUGUGCACGUUGAUAGGAAUUACACUCCGUUAAAUCUGAAUGUGAUUGAGUUCCAACCAAUAUCCCAGAUACGUAAUAGUACAGAUGUGAUUGAUCUUUGGAAGCAGAAACCAAUACAUGGAAAGUAUCCUCACUAUCUUGGACUCCCAUGUACUGAUAAAGAAGCCUCAACUAUAUGGCUCAAGAAAGGUGAACUAUUCCCAGAAACAGAAGGUUUCAUUAUGGCUAUCCAGGAUGAGGUCAUUUCAACAAGACAGUACCAAAGAGCUAUUUUGCAUCAAGAUAUUUCAAGCACUUGCCGGCGAUGCCACCAAACUGCAGAGUCCAUCGAUCACAUCAUCAACGGAUGCUCUACAUUAGCCAGUAGUGACUAUCUUAGUAGACACAAUAACGUAGCAAAAAUAAUACAUCAAGAACUCGCUUUUCGAUGCCAAUUUAUUGAUAUCAAAACACCAUAUUAUAGAUAUCAGCCAAAUGAUGUUUUGUUAAGCUCGGCUUUUAAAUUAUACUGGGAUCGAAUAAUGACAACAGAUCACACAAUAAUGGCCAACCGACCAGAUAUAAUAUGGAUCGACAAAUUAAAUAGAAAGGGAUUUCUAAUAGACAUAGCUGUGCCGUUAUCUUCAAAUGCUAGUCGAACGUUUGCGGAAAAAAUUGCGAAAUACGUUGAGCUUGCUCAUGAAAUAAAAGCCCGAGAAAAAUUAAAAGAAGUUCGCGUAGUGCCAAUAAUAAUCUCCAGCACAGGAAUCUUUGCUAAAACAGUAACAGAAGAAUUGAAAAACAUCGGAUGUCAACAACUUAUCCAUGAAAUAUCAAAAUCUGUAAUCCUGAGUACUUGCAGGAUAGUGCGGAAAUUCCUUCAGCAGUCGUAA